UGAUAACAUACAUGUAUACAGAGGCGAAAGAGACUUUAUCUAAUCAAAAUGGAGGAACAAGGAAAAAUUUUCACAGGUGUUCUUUUUGUGAUUGUAAUGAUAUGUCCCUCUGGAUUCGGUCAUCCUGGCUACCGGUUAAAAAUCCCAAAUGGAUUAAACGUUCCCAAUCCUUGUUUUAACGUAGGGGGACUAUGGAACGGUGUUGGACACAACAUAGAGAUUGGAGGAGGUGCUUUAAAUCCGUUCGGUAAGGAUUUUUUGGAUGCUAACGGAACUUGGACACAGGAGCUCUGCAUGACAGAUUCGGAUUCAGACGGGAAAAUCAACGGACUUGAACUUGGAGAUUUCAAUUGUACUUGGUUUGAAGGACAACCACCAAUGGGGGACGCAACAGGACAUCCUGGUAUUUGUGAACCGAUGGAUGAUCCAAAGUGCACAGAAAUCAACAAGGAUGUUUCCUGUCGUUAAAACUAAUUAUUGUCGUAAAUUUUGCCCGAGAAAGAUAUGAAAAGGACACACUUGAUACGUUACAAUAAUAAAAGAGGAAACAAAAAGAA